AUGUCAAAACAUGAAAGCUCAAAACACCUAUCGCACCGUUGGCCAACAGCCACAUUCCCGGCUGUUGGCUCGGUGACCUCGGGGCCGUGCCUGGCAUCCACGAGCCGCCGAGCGGCUGUCCCCGACCAAGAACCCGCGACACCCGAGCGGAAGCUCCGUGCCCUCGCUCCGUGUCACACGGGGCUGUCCCGCCGGGGUCUGCGGCUCGCCCGGCGGCCGGAGCCCCUGCCCGGGGCCGGACCACCCCGGCAGCGCUGCCCGGCACCGCGGCCGUCCCCGGCCCGCCCGGGCCCCGCAGAGCUGCGCCGAGCCGGGGGCGGGCCGGGGCGGGCCGGGCCGUGUUUGCCAAUAUGGGGAGGAGCCCGCCGGGCCGGGCCGGGCGCGGGCAGCUCCGGCUGUUCUGCCGGAAGGUGCCGGGCGGCGCUGGGCAGCGGCGGCAUGGGGAAGGUGCGGGACAGCGGCGGUGUGGCCUGGGGGCUCCUUCCCCUGCUCCUCGUGACUGUCUUAAUUAUGGAAACACAGUGCAAAAAUUAUACUGAAGCUCUGAAAACGUACAAUAGGAGGAUCAUUUCCAGGAGGGAAGUUAACUGCAAUGAGGAUGAAUACAAGUUAGAUACUCAGUGUUGCAAGAAAUGUAAAAGUGGUUUUGUUAAAAAUGUCACCUGCCCAACAGAUAUUAUUAAACACUGUGUUCCAUGUGAGAAAGGAAAGGAAUUCAUGAAUCACCCCAACGACCUGGACAAGUGUUUGAGAUGCAAAUUGUGCGACAGCAAAUUUGGUUUUGAGGUUGUAAAGAACUGUACCCCAGAAGAAGACACAAAAUGUGCCUGUGCCAAGAACUAUUUCUGCGGUCCUCCAGGAUGUGACAGUUGCAUUCAAUGUACCAUAUGUGAAAGUGGUGUAAUUGAAAAGCAAUGUACUGCAGCUUCAGACACUCUAUGUGGAACAAAAGAACCAGAAACGCUGUGGUGGGUCAUUGCUUUGCCAGUUUUGGUAGUACUACUAGCAGUAGUAGUUGGAGCAAUAUUCUGGCGCAAGAGAAAACAGAAGGGUCUUACAAUCAGUGAGCACCAAGUUUACAAACCAGAGCCUUACGAGACUAUACCUCUCAUAGACCCAGAUGCUGACCUGAGCAGCUAUGUUCCUGGUAUUGUGGCAGAGAUGACGCUCGCAGAAGUCAAGAAAUUUGUUCGUCACCACCAUGUAUCAGAACCUACCAUAGACCAAAGCAUUCAGGAUUGUCCUGGUGAUACAUCUGAACAGAAGAUUAGGCUGUUUCGAGUCUGGUAUCAGAGCCAUGGGAUGAAGGGAGCCUAUGGAACCCUAAUAAGCAGCCUGAGAGAGUUAAAAAUGUGUGCUAUAGCUGAUAAAAUUGAGGAAAAACUGAGGGCAGCUAUUGCCAGCUCUCAGGCAGGGGAGCGAUCUUAUAAUCCUGACACUGAGCAAAGCAAAACUUGCACUCAGGAGGGCAGAAACUCUUACAGUGGUAGUGGUGGGCUAAGUAAAGCCUGUACUGGUACUUUGGAAGAGACCUAGCACAGGGUAAUUUGAAAAUUAUUUCCAAAUGAGUAUUUUUUUAAAUAACAGGGCUUUAAAAUAGUAUUUUCAUUUGGCAGCUCUGAUUGACCUCGAGUAAGUUAUUGUACGCAAAAGAAAUAAUUGCAUAUUUUUUAGCAAUAUCUUUCCUUUAAAAUAAGUUUUUAGCCUUUUUUAUGUGUUAAGGACUGGAAGAAGUUUUAUGACUUGUUUACUAAAAGGUGCAAUAUAAGACUCCAGGAUUCAUUACAAAGGAAAAAAGUUAUCAUUAUUUGAAGAAAAGGUAUGGUUUAAAUGCAUGGUCCUGCAUUAUUUAAUCAAUGUAAGGUUUUGCUUGCAUUAAAAAUGCAGGAUGUUCCUUUUUUCGAAGGGAAAGCUCUGGUGUUACGAGUCUAGAAAUUGUACCAGGUACAGUACUUGAAAAAAAUCCUGUUUACUGCCUUACACCUGAUUAAUUUGAAGUAUAGGUGUUGCUGUGUAGAUUCUACUCUGCUGCAAAUACGAUUUCCAUCUUUCAUAAAAGCACUUCUCUGUGUGUAUAUGGAGUUUUGUAUAUGUGUGCAAGCUUUCUAUGCAAAAAGCUCCUGGUUCCAGGUAAAAAAUAUUAUCUCUGUUGUUCUCAGCAAUGUUUGUAAGCCUCUUCUAAUGUUAGAACCCUUCAAAGAGAUAGGAGCCAAGGGGCUAUCAGCACAACAGAACCACCAUUUCUGGAAGGCAACCUUCACAGUGUAUGUGGGUUUUCUAAUGCAGAAACUGAUACAAUGAAAGCAUCUUUUUCAUUAAAAAAAAAAAUAAAUCUGCAUAAUACAUUACUUCUGUCUUUCUUAUCAUGAAUGGAGCUUAAAGCUGUCUUGGCAGAUGCUUGACUUCAACUUUUUCUUCUCUUGGCUUCUGGCUUUUUCUCCCCGAGUGAAGCAUCUGACCAGCAGAAAUGAAGGUAGUCCACCUCUCAGGCUUUCAGUGGAGCAGGGACUGGAGCAGGGCUCAAAAUGGAGCCACCAAACCUUAUAAAUUUCUGACAGUGAAAUAAAAUUAUAUUU